AUGUUUGCUUUGAAGAAAUCGCUGACCACAUUAGCUGGCUGCCGACUGCGUGGCACUAGAUCGUUUCUGACGGAGGCGUACAGGUGUGAAGACGUUUGGCAAGAACGGUUGGAAUGUUCGUUGCUGAAGAAAGUCCAACCCGAAGUGCUGUACCACAAGUUGUCCACCACACUGGAACAAGGAUCCAAGCAGAUUAGUGCCGUUGAUCUGGAUGUGUUUGCCAACUCCCUGACGGAAAAUACAUACGUGGAGGAGUUAGAGGAGCUCACGCAUAAGUUUCGUUUGUCUGCGCAGACUGGCACGUUGCUGCCGUCCACACAUCAUGCAGUCGUGCGGUUGCUCGUUGCGACGAAUAGCACCAAUGACCUCAUCAGGAUAUUAAAGGAUCGCUUAAAUUAUGGUAUUUUUCCUGACUACUAUCUGUGUAACUUACUAAUGGACCGUUUCAUAAAAGAGAAUGAUGUUCGAAAUGCCGCAGUGAUUGCUUCCAACCAAAUGUUACAGGAAGAACUAGACAACGAUAUUACCAAAGCCAUGGGAUUAUAUUCCUGUUUGAAAUAUAUCACCAAUCCUAUUGAAUGGGAAGAAGCAAAAAUAGUAACAGAAGAAACAAAUGAUGACGAUGACGAUGAAGUAGAUAGACGAGUACGUGUCGAUUUUUUGAGAAAUCCUUAUUUUGAUGAUCACUUUGAUUUGGCGGACGGUGAUCACUUGGUCGGGAAAACCAUGCUGGCAAUCAGCAAAAAAAUUGAUAGUACUAUUUUGGCAAAUAGCUUUAAGACCCUUGGAUUAGCUUAUUAUAACCGGUGGAAUGAUUUAAGUGGUCAUCUAAAAAAACUUGAUGGUUCUGUAUAUUUAGAAACGAUAGAAUUGGCAGUUACUGCAAUAGAUAAACGAGCACCUGAAAAUGCUGAGCAACUAAAAGAUGCACUUGCAAAAUUGCAUAUCGAAAACAAAAGUUUGACUGAAGAAUCAAAAAAUUUUGUAAAUGAGGCGGUAUCUACAAACGAAGAAAAAGAAAUACAGACACAAAAAGCGAUUUACAAAGAAUGGGAAUCCUUCAGGCGGGAAGAGCUAUCUAGGUACCUUGAACAUUUAAAUAAGUUGAAACGUUUACAGAAGGUCCAACAGGCCAAACAAGACCUCAAAGAAAAAGAACAGUUGCUGUUCUUCUUUGAUAAUGAACAUAAACAUGACCUAGUUAAAGAAGAAAAACUGAAACGAAUGAAAAAGACGGUGGUUAAAGACAAGAGCCAUAAAGAUGAUUUAACAUAUGUACCGCCAGAAAUCAGAAAACCUGGUUUUAAACGAGAUUAA